AAUUAGAGGGGGUCACACCAGCAGCAUAUAAAGACUACCAGGACUUUGAAAAGGCGAAACAUUUUAAAACUUCAGCCAGCAAAGGAGGACGUGUAUUUGGCAAAUAGCCUAGUCUGAAAUUGUUGUGCAUAUAAGUAUUCGUUUAUUUUUAUUUGUGUGUGUCAGUUAUUCUCCAUACAUUAAAAAAGGCAGAUGGACAUCUGAAAUUGCGCACAGACUAGCCUACUUAUAUUUCGGCAUUUUUUAGAUAAACCUCACAGAUUUGUGGCACCAUGGGUUCCGUGUUGCCCGCUGAAGCAUUGGUGCUGAAGUCUGGAUUUAAGCAACAGAGUUUGUCUCUGUCUGAAAUUAUCACCUCGGACAUUCUCCAUAGUUUUCUCUAUGGUAGAUGGAGGAACGUGCUUGGGGAACACCUUUUGGAGGAGAAGAUAAACGUCAGUCCCAAAACAGCUUUCACCGCAGAGGUCCUUGCGCAAUCAUUCUCAGGGGAGGUUCACAAGCUCUCCAGUCUGGUGUUGCCAAGUGAAGUGAUAAUAGCCCAGAGCUCCAUCCCUGGCGAGGGCCUAGGAAUCUUCUCCAAGACCUGGAUCAAAGCUGGGACAGAGAUGGGGCCUUUUACUGGCCGAGUCAUCUCUCCUGAGCAUGUGGAUCUCUUCAAGAACAACAACCUCAUGUGGGAGGUGUUCAAUGAGGAUGGUACUGUGCGCUACUUCAUUGAUGCUAGUCAGGAGGAUCACCGCAGCUGGAUGACCUAUAUCAAAUGUGCCCGCAACGAGCAGGAGCAGAACCUGGAAGUGGUGCAGAUUGGCAGCAGUAUCUUCUACAAAGCUAUGGAGACCAUUCCCCCUGACCAGGAGCUGCUAGUGUGGUAUGGAAACUCGCAUAACACAUUCCUGGGGAUACCCGGAGUUCCAGGAAUAGAGGAUGACCAGCAGAAAAAGAGCAAAACCGAUGAGUUUCAUAUUUGCGACGGCUCCACCUCCUCGUCCUCUGCCCUGCCUACCACCGCUAGCCGGAUGCGCUGCGUCAUAUGCCACCGGGGCUUCAACUCUCGCAGCAACCUGCGUUCCCACAUGCGCAUCCACACCCUGGACAAGCCCUUUGUAUGUCGCUUUUGCAAUCGGCGCUUCAGCCAGUCGUCCACCCUGCGUAACCACGUGCGCCUGCACACUGGUGAGCGGCCAUACAAGUGCCACGUGUGCCAGAGUGCCUACUCUCAGUUGGCAGGACUGCGGGCGCACCAGAAGAGCGCCAGACACCGGCCCGGUGGUGCAGGGGGAGUGGUGGUGGGCCUCCACCAGGCACACUCCCCCCCACCCCCCCAGAUGACCACGGUGCCCCACCCAGCCUCUCUGGUGCAUCACAUCCCCACCAUGGUCCUGUGAAGGAAAGCCUUGUACAUUCAUUCCAAUAGGCACAUCCCCUCGACAGUGAUGAUCGUACUGCAAAAUGUGAUGCUUUUCUACAAGUCUGCACUUCCUUGCACAUAUUUGAUGUAAAUUAACUGGCUGUAGUGGUGUCACUGUUAGAGCUACCGGCAAAUGGACUUUCUGAUCACAUAUAAUAGUUUGGCCCUCACAAUGUCUCUUUUACAAUGCACUAUGUAGGACUAAGGUGAUCUAGGUACUGGAAUUCUGUUAACUUACUGUCAAAAAUGUAACUAGACCUGAUGUUGUCACUGUGACCAUUCUUGUGAGAUUAAGUUUAUAUAUAUAUAUAUAUAUAUAUAUAUAUAUAUAUAUAUAUAUAUAUAUAUAUAUAUAUAUAUAUGUGUAUAUAUAUAUAUAUAUAUAUAUAUAUAUAUAUAUGUAUAUAUAUUUGGGUCCAUAAUAUACAGUACUGUAUGUAGUGUAUUGAUUGGUCAUGCCAGGUACCGUCAUACUGAUAACAUAUAGAAAUCCAUUGAUUUUAUAGAUAUUUAAAAAAUCUAUAGGUCAAGUUCUGAAUGGUUUAACAUUUUGAAGUUAUUGGAAGUUAUUUUUCUCUCUUACCAGUGCAUGGGACAAUAUUUGUCUACUCAGUGGCCACAAGUCUUGGGAUGUUAUUGUACAUCUUCAGAGGUACUGUAUCUGGGAGGCAAAUGUAGUUCACUUUUGUUUGCAUGCAGUUUUUGAUUUAUUUUUUGGAAAAUAAUGCUAUUUGUUUAUUUCCACCUGAAUGAGGUAGCCCAGGCUGACAGUCAACUUGAUUUGUACAAACAAGAUCUGCGUUUGGGAGGACAUUCACAUGUUCUUAACAUUGAUUAACUCAUAUUUUUGACUAUUGUAACAAGAAUUGUAUAAUUUGCAACCGUAAUGGAUGAAGGAUCAUUUGAACUGGUCACUUAACAGGAUUUUCCAGACUCUCCCAGUAACCAUUAGCUUUGUUGUGUUCCAGUCAGGGAAUAGAAAGAUUCAUGACAUGUAAAUACACUAUAUAAGAUGUAAAUAUAAUCCUAAAAUGUACUCUAUUUCCAGAAUUAUUGAACAGUCACUUUAUCUCUACAUGUACAGUAUGUAUAACUUAAAUGACAAAGCGGGGUGCAGUGUAUUACCUAUACUAUGUUUGCAUAUAUAAAUGACUUUGUAUUUUCACCUAGUACUCCAAAUAAAUCAUUUUAACCUUC